AUGAAUCUCCCAAGCAAGUCAACUUCAACUGUCACUGUUCCUUGUCGCGAAGAAAGUUUAGCUGAAUUUGAAAAAAGUAAGUUCUUCAUAGUUUUUUAAAGUUAUGGUAGUACUAAAGGCAAGGCUAGACCGAGCAAGAAAGAGUGGGAGUAGGGUAAGAAAAAGUAAUGUAAAUAGAGCUUUGAGAAGGGUAGGGUAAAGUAGGGUAGGGUACGAUAAGGUAGGGGCAUGUUCUUUUUUUACCUUUUAGGUUCACAACCCAACAUGUUAAAGUUAGAAAUAACGUUUUUCAGGAACAAGCUCGCUUCUAACCCCACUUCAUGGCCUUUACUUGGAAAGGCUUUAUUCCGACGGUGUUUGUGAUGAAGAAAUCAAAAGAAACGAUGUGUUUGCCAAUCGCACGACUAUGCUACAAUUGCUUCUGUUAACCGAGAAUGUUCACAAGGACGACGAAAAUAUUUACGGCCCUAAUAUUUUGAGAUACUUCAUUGGCAACAUUGUAAAAGAUAGACCUUUGGAAGCCCACAUGUUAGCUAAAAACUUUUACCUGGUUUGCUCCCUAAUGAGUUCUUUCGUCAUGUCCUCCGAGGACAGUAAAGCAGUUGAAGAAUUGAAAGUAAUCGAACGAUGUGUGAAGGAAUUGGAGAUUAACGAGCUCAAGAAAGAUGCUUUACUUAUAAAUGCACCUUUGAGACCACUUGGGCCCGUGAAAACCGCUGUAUCUCCAAAAACCACUGAAACACAGAAGACUGUUGUACCUCCAAAAACCACUGAAACACAGAAGACAGCUGUACCUCUAAAAACCAUUGAAGUACAGAAGACCGCUGUACCUCCAAAAACUACUGAAGCACAGAAGGCUGUUGUACCUCCAAAAACCAUUGAACUAUCGACGACUACUGUACCUACAAAAACUACUGAAUUACAGAAGACUACUCUACAUCGAAAAACCAUUGAACUAACGAAGAUUAAGACGUCGGAUUGCAAAAUUUGUAAGGAAAUUCGCGACAAGCUGAAUUUGAAAGUAGGUCUUGGUUUUUGAAUUUAAAAAAAAAUUUUUUUUCAACAUUUUCAGGCUUAAAGAUAUUCUUAUAUGGGCAAAACUUAAAAAUUAGAAAAAAUUUUAUUUUUAACUUAAAAUUUUAUUUUUUUUUUCUUUUUAAGCCUAAAAUUUAAUUUUUGUAAGCUUAAAAUUUUGUUUUUAAGCCUAAAAUAUCAUUUUUAGUUAGUCGAAUACCACUGUAAACACCCGGAGGGCGAAGGCUGCGCCUUUGACAGUUCCAACAAGACACAACUUGGUACAAAACUACCGAAGACCAAUGUACAUUUAAACGCUACAGACGACACUACGCUUAAUCCAAAUGAAAAAUUGUUAUCGAUCUUUGCUCUGAUAAUUGUUUUCAUAUGUUUGCCUCUUUUUUCUUUUUUUAGUCGCUUUGUCCAAUAA